AUGGUGCUUGCCAAACUAGAGCAGAUAGAUCGUAAGCUGGAACUUCACUUCAAACCGAAUGAACACCGUGAGGAAACGGAAAGAGCCGGAGCCUCCCUCGAAAAAACGUUCGAUAAUUUCCUGUGGACUAUACAACGCCUGGAAGGCAGCGUAACGAAGGAUGUUGACCUAAACAUGGCUCUGCUCCAGAAUCAAUCGUCGUUAAUUCAAACUGCCUGCGCCAACCACGAGCAGUUUCGUGAAAAGUGGUUCAACUUCACGUCGCAGGACAACGAAGGACCACAGGACGACAAGGGAUUCUCCUCGUUAAACGAAUCAACAACUACAACAACACCGGCGCCCAAGUUUCCAGCUUAUUCAUCAUGUAAGAAUGCAUCGUGUAAUGUGACAGGAGUGUAUCUUAUCAGUGUUAACAACGCUAGUGCACCAUUCCAAGUGUACUGCGAACAGGAGAAGCUUGGAGGUGGAUGGAUCGUGGUGCAACAUCGAUUCGACGGUUCGGUUGAUUUUUACCGCAACUGGACGCAAUACCGUGACGGCUUCGGUGAGCUCGACAAAGAAUUCUGGCUCAGCCUGGAGCGAAUUCACCAAAUAACAACGGCUCGUGCACAUGAAUUAAUAAUCGAGAUGAAAGACUUUGAGGGCAACUACGGGUACGCCCGUUACAGUGCGUAUGAAGUUGGCAGUGAAAGUGAGGAGUACGAACUAAAAAACCUGGGAUCGUACCGUGGCACUGCAGGAGAUUCUCUGGCAUACCACAAGUGGAUGAAAUUUUGA